AUGAUUUAUGUAGGAGUUAUCCAAAAUUCUUCAAUAAGAUAUAGAAAGUAUGUUGAUUUAGCAUCAGUAGAGAUUGCCUUUUUGAGACCUGACAGCAACAAUUUUACAUCGUCAUUUAUACUUUAUGAGAGUCAGACAGUGAUGUAUACUCAUGUGAAUAUAGCUAUACAUUCAUGUUAUGUCACUUUUCUCUUAACUGGAGCAAAUAUAGAAAUACUUAAUUUAGAAAACUUGCCUAGUUUCAUAGGAAAAAAUCCAGAAGAUCAUGUUCAGUUACUUUUUUAUGGAAAAACUUCUUUCGAAUACAAAAAUACAAAGUUACUCGACGAAACAUCAAGACCUGUUACAAUAUCAACUGGAAAUAUCUCAAUAUAUAAAUAUGACGAUAAACAUUUCCGACAGUAUAUUCCAACACAAGAUUGCACAUUGAAUAAUGAAACAACAAUAUCAUGCAACGUUCUCUCGAGUACAUUUAACGAAUAUGAUAGCAAAUAUUACAUUCAAGUUUCAGACAAUUUUGCAAAAGAUAGAAUAUUUAACGAGCCAAUAACUGGAAUUUCUGACCGAUUAUGGAAUUUUCAAGUUGAGAAAAAAGAUGGAAACCCGAGAUUCUCAGGGUCUGUAAGGGGCUUGCUUUGUCUAAACGAAGAUGGCAAAAAAGAUUGGGAAAUAAAUGAUCAUCAUAAAUUUUAUGAUGACCUGAAAAAGCAAUUAGCGGAUAUUAUACCAGUUGACGAAAAAAAACUAAAACCCAGUUAUCGUUCCCAAACAAAUUCUGAAUGCAAAACUGCUCUGCUGUCAUACGAAAUACUUACUGAUCAUUUUUCAGAAAAAACAGUCAUGGAUAUAAUAAAUGAUUUGGAUACUCUUAUUAUAAAUAAAAAGUAUACUGAGAUCUCUAGGAACGAUCCGAGUAAUUAUCUUGAAGCUUUCUUUGGAUUUAAAAUUUUACCUAUUGCCGAAAUCGAAGCACUUGAAAUUCUUUCAUCAAAUUUUGCAGGUUUAAAAUCUUUAAGUGCAAACUUCUCGGGUAAGGCUCAGCAACGGAUAUUUUGGUGUAGUAUGAUUGGCAUUUUUAUUGAAGAUAUUCCCCAAUUGGUUAUUCAGCAAUUAAAAGCUGUCAAAAAUCGGUAA